AUCGGAUCGAGGUAGUUCUAAUGGUUCUCUUUGUGCGGGUGUCCAUAUCUUGAUGCCUCUUUUCCUGAGCUUUUUCUUUAAUUUCUUUCUCUACGUUGCAUUUUCUUUUCUAAUCAUAGAAGUUCUCCCACAACGUCUUCCUUCAUCAUGUCGCAGCCAACAUAUAUUGCUGGCGUGGGCAUGACCCCAUUUAAGUCUCCAAAGAACUCUGCCAAAUCUGCUAGAAACCCAGACUCCGACUAUUUCGACUUAGCAGUCGAAGCUGCGGUGAAGGCGUUAUUGGAUGCAGGACUCACAUAUGACGAUGUUGACUCGGGAGUUGGCUGUUAUGUGUUCGGCGACUCAACCUGUGCGCAACGAGUGUUCUACGCUCUCGGUAUGACCGGAAUUCCUAUCACGAAUGUCAAUAACUACUGCAGCUCUGGAAGUACUGGUCUAUACCUGGCAAAUCAAGCGAUUCGAUCAGGUCAAUCAGAAUGUGUUUUGGUCAUCGGUUUCGACAAAAUGUACCCUGGCGCGCUUCCUCAAAUCUUCAACGACAGAACAAACCCUCUUUCAAGGAUUCUCGACCUGUCCAAGACCUUAAUUCCGGAAGCAGAUAAGGGAAAGAAGUCUCCUGGUUGGACUCCUCAAUUAUAUGCGAAUGCUCAGGCAGAGUACUUGCAAAGAUAUGGCAAUGCGGGAGCCAAGAACGAGCACUUUGCAAAGAUCACGUCGGUCAACAGAGCCCACGGCGUUAACAACCCAUACAGCCAGCUUGCGAAGACUGUCUCUACAAAAGAAGUUAUGAACAGCCCAGUUAUAACAGGGGAAAUAACCCGUCUUCAAUGUUGCCCAUCAUCGACCGGGGCGGCAGCUGCAAUUGUGUGCUCGGAACAAUUCUUGAAAUCGCAUCCUCAUCUUGCUGGAUCCGCCGUUCAGAUUGCAGGGCAGGCCAUGUCAACGGACACACCUCUACUCUUUGAGCCCCCAAGUGCCAUUGAGCUCAUUGGCUCAAAUAUGACCAGGCUCGCCGCAAAGGAGGCUUACAAACAAGCUAAUAUCACACCGAGAGAUGUCACAAUCGUCGAAUUACACGACUGCUUUACGACUAACGAGAUGUGUGCUCUUGAAGGGCUGGGGUUGGCUGACGAAGGGAAAGCCUGGAAGCUGGUACAAGACGGAGGAAUUUCAUACGGACCUGGCGGUGGUGUUGGUCUAGAUGGAAAGGGCUGGAUCGUGAACCCAAGCGGCGGCCUGAUUUCAAAGGGCCAUCCAUUAGGAGCCACUGGUUUGGCGCAAUGCACAGAACUUGUAUGGCAUUUAAGAGGCUGGGCUACCACAAGAGCCGUUGAUCAGACCAAGUAUUGCCUCCAGCACAACAUGGGCCUAGGAGGAGCAACUGUUGUUACCAUUUACAAGCGCGCUGACGGAAAGCCCGUGCCAAAAGCCGAGGAUAUCAAGGCAGAAGAUGAUGGUAGGCAUAGGCUAGGAUACAAUCCUGCUGUCGAGGCACGUAGCAUCAGUAAAGCAGAUUGGGAGGCUGUUAAGUCGCGCAGUGGUGGCUCGUCGAAGUGGGCUACGGCACAUUUGCCUUGGGUUAUUCAUGGCGACGAUUACCAAGAAAGAGCUUUGUUAUAGAUAUUUCUUAAUGUAACCUAUG